AUGCUCAGAAAUGCUGCGCUUGUUCCGUUAGCAGUUUGCAGCGGCCAUUUCAAAGAGACCAUCACAGACAAGAGAGAGAUCAGAGAAGCACCCAUUCCCAAGAUGCUGGCACCCUGCCUUCUGAGAAGAGUGGUCCUUACAGUUCCUUUAGUUUUUGUGGUUUCACUGCUUCUUGCGGAGUGUGUUAGAUCUGAUCAAGAAGCGGGAACAGCCAUACCAGCUGAAAGUCGUCCCUGUGUUGAUUGCCAUGCGUUUGAGUUCAUGCAGAGGGCUCUGCAGGAUUUAAAGAAGACAGCGUAUAAUCUAGACACACGGACAGAAACUCUGCUUCUUCAGGUGGAAAAGAGAAAUCUGUGCGACUGUGUAACUGCAAAUCUGCUGAACUGAAUCCUGGAGGCCAGCUAAGGAGUAUCACCUGUUCAGAAAU